GCUCUUGACAAAGUACAUGAUGGAAGUGUACAUCUCCCUACCUCAGCCCAAGCAUGCAUCAUGUUGGUAACAUCUACUUUCAAGACACGCACACGCAUCCAUACACAUAUUCUGAACAGUGUCCUGUGUCUAGUGACUUGCACUCCUGUAUACAAUGUAGUUCAAGAUGUGUUAGCUGACAAGGUUCAACAAGCGAGGCUUGAGGAGGAAUUUGUGCCGUUGUGUAUGUAUGCUGCUGACAGACGAUGAUGGUGAUGACGUUGAUGAACUCACUCAUUGAGAAUCUGUUGUCUUCCUUUCACUACACAGUUGAAGACGGACCCACAUCGGCUUACUCGGACAGCAUCAGGCUUGCUCCGCCCCACCAUCAGACUGCUGCACCAUCAGACCUCUCGGAGGAGUUCAUGUGCAAGGAGUGCAAUGUGGUGUACAGGAGCUACAAGUCCCUCUGGCAGCACAACAAAGACAACCACCAGGAGAAAUUCAGCUGUGGCUACUGUGAGUACUCCUCAGCCCGCAUGUAUAAUAUCAGGCAGCAUCGAAAGCGGAGACACCCAAACAUGCCUGACCCAUUUGAUCCAAACCUCGUCGACAUGUUCCCAUCUGCAUACCUGGAUGACACCAGAUUGGAGUAUCCAUUGGGCGACUCCGAUGAAGAAGCGGACCAUAUCAGAGAACCUGUCAACAAGCGGGCCCGCUACUCCCAAAACACUGUGAGCUAUUCAGAUAUGGGGGAUACCUGCAGUUCAGAGAGUCCACCAGUAGCCUCAAAGUCGCUGCAGGGAAGCAGCCAGGCCAGAGAAGUGCAUUAUAAUACUUCCCAUGCAGCAGUGUAUCCAGUUAGCCUGAGCAACUCAAGGGAAGCUGUCAGCCAUCCUGGAUUGCAUGGGCGGCAGUUUCAGCCACAGAGAAGCCAAGCUCAGGCACAGAGCAGCAGAUCUGAGGCACAGACUGUUCACGUCACAAAUCACACAGCAACUAUGCCCGUUCUCCCAAGGAUCACCAGUGUGUCUGGCGGCUCACUGGGCAUCCAUGCUAGCAGUGUGAAUGCUGGAAUGCUACACUCUAGCACUGCCCACAGCCACAGUAGCAGGGAACAACAAGUUCACAAUCUAAGGACCACCAGGAACAGCCAAGAGAAUUCGGACCCAAGACGUGACAUGGGUCGCAGUGUGACGUUUUCCGGGCCUGCAAACAUGGCAAAUGAAUCUGGGUCACGUCAGCUGCUGCCAUCACAUAGAACAGUCUCACCGAGAGAAGACAAUCGAAUGGCUUCAGCAUCUUGUGUAUCCUCUUCUCAGAGGACUACCUCAACAUGCACUCAACUCAAGCCAAUGCAUGAAACAGUGUCUGGAGGUACAGCUACAACUCCGAGAGAUGCGCAAAAUGUUCAGAACAAAGCACCACAGUCGAUGUCAACCAGAGGAGGUUCUGAAAAGAAGUGGGAUUCACAGGCUCAGUCAUCAGGGCCAACGUGCAUCUACAGGCCAACUGGUUUGGGACAAAGAAAUAGCGGGACAUCCUCAAUGGAAACAAGACAUCCAACUCGGAUAAACUCCAACACGGAACCCUCCCGAAGUCCUCGAUCGAGUCCCUCUUCGAAUCCAAUAAGGGGUGGUUCAUGCAAAGGAACCCCAAGCCAGGUCCAGGAGAGUGCAAGUCAGCAAGGCGCUAGAGCCACUCACAGCUUCACAACCGUCGGGGGUGUUCUAGACGAGCACAGGCAAGGUGUGGGCCUGACAGACAUCCAGAGCCUCCUGCCAAAUUUCCGUGUGAAGUCCAUCACUGAGCGGGUUGUGCAGCCAGAUGGGACACGAUACGAGAUUCAGAUUGAUGGAGAAGAGAUUCACUGAUCAAUGCCAAGCCAGUUUAUACAUGUACUUGUCAGUAAUCCUUUCAACAAAUGGAACCCUGUCCAUAGUGAAUGCUCUAAUGGACUUGUCAAAUUAUUUUUGAAAGCAGCACGGAUCCACCGUGAGUAGAACCAUGUCCAUUUGAACAUGAGU